AUGGCUGGUGUUGGCGGGGAAGGGGGGGGAUCAAAAUGCAUCUUUUUGUGUGUCAGCAACUACUAUCCAAGUGUUGCAAGCAUACAGGCUGCGCCUCUUCGGUUGCUUGCUGCUCUGGACCAUAUUGAAGUGUGUCUAGUGUUUGCAAAAGGUCUUGCCGCUACGCCGCGUACUGCAGUCCACCAACAGAGUGCGCUGCCAACUAUUUCGACGUGGCUUUGGCACAGCAUACCGACAACACAAAUGACGCGACUAAUGUGUCUCCACUUCUUAGCUUCCAUCUGCAUCAUGCUUCCGCGCAUUACCGCAGUACACAGCCUACCGCUUACGAGCAGCCGCAAGAUCUUGGAAGAUGCACGUCUGCACACGUAUGGCAACGACUCCCGCCAACGCACCAUACCAUGUGUCCGAAACUUCAUUGAUUUACUAUCUUCAUUCCGGCGCUUCUCUCACUACCGCUUACAUACCGAUACCUCCUCUUGCUCUCGCCUCGUCAUGUUACUUCAACUCUAG